UGUCCUCGGAGGGCCAUGCCAGGCUAGGAAGUGCUGGCAUUCCCUCGCAUCCUGGGGACAGAAGGGCGCACACCGGGCGCAAGGCUCAGGAGCACCUUGUCCCCAGAGCCUGUUUGCCAGUGCACUGCCCCUCUAUUCUCUGCUGCUGCUGCUGCUGCUACUGCUGCUGCUGCUGCUGCUGCUGCUGCUGCUGCUGCUCCUCCUCCUCCUCCUCCUCCUCCUCCUCCACCACCACCACCACCACCACCACCACCACCACCACCACCACCACCACCACCACCACCACCACCACCAGCUCCCUCCCUCCCCCACCCCUUCCUCCCUCCCUCCGCGCUCAGAGCUGCGGCUGGAGUCGAGCGCGCAGCGUCGCCCGCCGCCGCCGCUGCCGCCGCCGGUGCGGAGCGUGGGGAGCACUCGGCCACAGCCCUCGCCUGCCGCGGAGGGUCCUGCUCCGCACUGCUGGCCAGGCGGCCCAGUGCCCCGGCCUUUCCGUCCUUGGAGCUGAUCGUUGCUUGCCGGGAGCCCUCCCGCAGCAACAGCGAAAGCCACAGCAGAGGCCGCGGUGGCGGCUGUGCCCAUGCCGGGGUGUUCACACUUAGCCUCUUUUCCACCACCACCUUGCCUCAGCACUGGGAUCUUAGGUGGACACCUGUCCCUAGCUGCAAUUGAGUUGAAGCAGCACCUGUGAGAAGGCUAACAGACAGGAUGGGCGACAUGGCAAACAGUUCCAUUGAGUUCCACCCCAAGCCCCAGCAGCAGCGGGAAGUGCCCCAUGUGGGUGGCUUUGGAUGCACACUGGCAGAACUACGAAGCCUCAUGGAGCUCCGAGGUGCUGAGGCACUGCAGAAGAUUCAAGAAGCCUAUGGGGAUGUCAGCGGGCUGUGCAGGAGGCUGAAGACCUCACCUACUGAGGGCCUGGCAGACAACACCAAUGACUUGGAGAAACGCAGGCAGAUCUAUGGGCAGAACUUCAUCCCCCCAAAGCAGCCUAAGACCUUCCUGCAACUGGUGUGGGAAGCCCUGCAGGACGUGACUCUCAUCAUCCUGGAGGUGGCUGCUAUCGUCUCCCUGGGCCUCUCCUUCUAUGCACCUCCUGGAGAGGAAAGUGAAGCCUGUGGGAAUGUGUCUGGUGGGGCAGAGGAUGAAGGAGAGGCUGAAGCUGGCUGGAUUGAGGGGGCUGCCAUCCUACUCUCUGUCAUCUGUGUGGUGCUGGUCACAGCCUUCAAUGACUGGAGCAAGGAAAAGCAGUUCCGAGGUCUUCAAAGCCGUAUUGAGCAGGAGCAGAAGUUUACUGUCAUACGAAAUGGGCAGCUCCUCCAGGUCCCUGUGGCGGCCCUGGUGGUAGGGGACAUUGCCCAGGUCAAAUAUGGAGAUCUUCUGCCUGCCGAUGGUGUGCUCAUCCAAGGCAAUGACCUCAAGAUCGAUGAGAGCUCCCUGACCGGCGAGUCGGACCAUGUUCGAAAAUCAGCAGACAAAGAUCCUAUGCUGCUCUCAGGAACUCAUGUCAUGGAAGGUUCUGGGAGAAUGGUGGUAACAGCUGUUGGUGUGAACUCCCAGACAGGCAUCAUCUUUACAUUGCUUGGGGCAGGUGGAGAGGAGGAGGAGAAGAAAGACAAGAAAGGCAAGCAGCAGGAUGGGGCGAUGGACAGUAGCCAAACCAGAGCUAAGAAGCAGGAUGGGGCUGUUGCCAUGGAAAUGCAACCCCUGAAGAGCGCCGAGGGUGGGGAAAUGGAGGAGCGGGAAAAGAAGAAAGCCAACGUACCCAAGAAGGAGAAGUCAGUCCUGCAAGGAAAGCUCACAAAACUGGCUGUGCAGAUUGGGAAAGCAGGAUUGGUGAUGUCUGCUAUCACUGUCAUCAUUCUGGUCCUCUACUUUGUGAUUGAGACCUUUGUCGUGGAUGGCCGGGUAUGGCUGGCAGAGUGCACACCAGUGUAUGUGCAGUACUUCGUGAAGUUCUUCAUUAUUGGAGUCACUGUUUUGGUUGUGGCUGUCCCUGAGGGCCUGCCUCUUGCUGUUACUAUCUCCUUGGCUUAUUCUGUCAAGAAAAUGAUGAAGGAUAAUAACCUGGUACGCCACCUGGAUGCCUGUGAGACCAUGGGCAAUGCCACAGCCAUCUGUUCUGACAAGACGGGCACACUCACCACCAACCGCAUGACAGUGGUCCAGUCCUACCUAGGAGACACCCACUACAAAGAGAUUCCAGCUCCCAGCGCCCUGACCCCCAAGAUUCUUGACCUUCUGGUUCACGCCAUCUCCAUCAACAGUGCCUACACCACCAAAAUUCUACCUCCAGAGAAAGAAGGCGCUCUCCCACGCCAAGUGGGCAACAAAACAGAGUGUGCUCUGCUGGGCUUCGUCUUGGACCUGAAACGUGACUUCCAGCCAGUACGGGAGCAGAUACCAGAAGAUCAGCUUUACAAAGUGUACACCUUCAACUCAGUUCGCAAGUCUAUGAGCACAGUUAUCCGCAUGCCUGAUGGUGGCUUCCGCCUCUUUAGCAAGGGAGCCUCAGAGAUUCUGCUCAAAAAGUGUACAAACAUCUUAAACAGCAAUGGUGAACUCCGAGGAUUUCGUCCUCGGGACCGGGAUGAUAUGGUGAAGAAGAUCAUUGAGCCUAUGGCUUGUGAUGGCCUCCGCACCAUCUGCAUUGCCUACAGGGACUUCUCUGCUAUCCAGGAGCCUGAUUGGGACAAUGAGAAUGAGGUGGUUGGUGACCUUACCUGCAUAGCUGUUGUGGGCAUCGAGGACCCUGUGCGACCUGAGGUCCCUGAAGCCAUUCGAAAAUGCCAGCGUGCUGGCAUCACAGUCCGUAUGGUGACUGGAGACAACAUCAACACUGCCCGGGCUAUUGCAGCUAAGUGUGGCAUCAUCCAGCCAGGAGAGGACUUCCUGUGCCUGGAGGGGAAGGAAUUCAACAGAAGAAUUCGAAAUGAGAAAGGCGAGAUUGAACAGGAGCGGCUGGACAAAGUGUGGCCCAAGCUGCGGGUGCUUGCCCGGUCAUCUCCCACUGAUAAACAUACUCUGGUUAAAGGCAUUAUUGACAGCACAACUGGUGAGCAGCGGCAGGUGGUGGCUGUGACUGGAGAUGGCACCAAUGAUGGGCCAGCCCUCAAAAAGGCAGAUGUGGGCUUCGCCAUGGGCAUUGCAGGCACUGAUGUGGCCAAGGAGGCCUCUGACAUCAUUCUGACUGAUGACAACUUCACCAGCAUUGUCAAGGCGGUCAUGUGGGGCCGCAAUGUCUAUGACAGCAUCUCCAAGUUCCUGCAGUUUCAGUUGACAGUCAACGUGGUAGCUGUGAUCGUGGCCUUCACGGGUGCCUGCAUUACUCAGGACUCUCCUCUCAAAGCUGUGCAGAUGUUGUGGGUGAACUUAAUCAUGGACACAUUUGCCUCACUUGCCCUGGCAACGGAACCCCCAACUGAGUCACUGCUGCUGCGGAAGCCAUACGGCCGGGACAAGCCUCUCAUCUCGAGAACCAUGAUGAAGAACAUCCUUGGACAUGCUGUCUACCAGCUCACCAUCAUCUUUACCCUGCUAUUUGUUGGGGAGCUUUUCUUUGACAUUGACAGUGGAAGAAAUGCACCUCUGCACUCACCACCGUCAGAGCACUAUACCAUCAUCUUCAACACGUUCGUCAUGAUGCAGCUUUUCAAUGAGAUCAAUGCUCGCAAGAUCCAUGGUGAGAGGAAUGUCUUUGAUGGCAUCUUCAGCAACCCCAUCUUCUGCACCAUUGUCUUGGGCACCUUUGGAAUUCAGAUUGUCAUUGUCCAAUUUGGAGGGAAGCCCUUCAGCUGUUCCCCACUGUCCACAGAACAGUGGCUUUGGUGCCUGUUUGUUGGUGUUGGGGAGCUGGUCUGGGGACAGGUCAUUGCCACCAUCCCCACCAGCCAGCUCAAGUGCCUGAAGGAAGCAGGGCAUGGGCCUGGGAAGGAUGAGAUGACUGAUGAAGAGCUGGCCGAAGGGGAAGAAGAAAUUGACCAUGCUGAACGAGAGCUCCGCAGGGGCCAGAUCCUCUGGUUUCGGGGCCUCAACCGGAUCCAGACACAGAUGGAGGUAGUGAGUACCUUCAAGAGAAGCGGGUCAUUUCAGGGUGCUGUGCGCCGGCGGUCUUCGGUCCUCAGCCAGCUCCAUGACGUAACCAAUCUUUCUACCCCUACUCACGUAACUCUCUCUGCCGCCAAGCCCCCCAGCGCUGCUGGCAAUCCGGGUGGUGAAAGCAUUCCGUAGCUCGCUUUAUGAAGGCCUGGAGAAACCAGAAUCCAAGAGUUGCAUCCAUAACUUCAUGGCAACACCCGAGUUUUUGAUCAAUGACUACACCCACAAUAUCCCGCUCAUCGAUGACACAGAUGUGGAUGAGAACGAAGAGCGCCUGAGGGCCCCACCUCCCCCACCCCCUAACCAGAACAACAACGCCAUAGACAGCGGCAUCUACCUGACCACGCAUGCCACCAAGUCAGCUACCUCUUCAGCAUUCUCUUCCAGGCCCGGGAGCCCACUCCACAGCAUGGAGACAUCCCUCUAACCGAAACUUUUCUCAGCACAUGUACACACACACACACACACACACACACACACACACACACACACAAUCACACACGCAGUCACACAUGCACCCAGAGGGGAACCUGUACACCUGCCAAAGAGGGAAAUGACUAACAUGGCUAAAGACUUUACUUAUGUGGUAUUUUCAGGAAGCCAAUUGAAUUCAAUAAGGACACAGUCUACUAGGCUUCUUACUAAGUUCCCAUGAGGUGGGGGAAGGAGAAAGAAGGAAAGGGGAGGGAGGGAGGGAGGGAGGUUCUUCGCCCAAUGUGAAGGAAAAAGGGAGCAUGAGACAAGAUGCGCUUCCCACCAUUUUUCUACUGAUGCUUCUGUUUUUAAUGAACACUAGUUCUACCAUGUGUUCACCAUUUGGGCUGUGCAAUGCGGUAGGGGCUACCAGAGCCUAUUUGGAGCUUUGCUAUACCCAUAUCAAAAGAAAAAGAAAAAAAGUAUACCAAAACCAAGAAGGAGUUCAUUGCGCAGAUCGGCCACCAGAGGGAGCCACCUGUAAAGGUACCUUCUACUGCAAAGCACACAAGACCCAUCUGCAGACCGCAUGUGUGCGUGUGUCUAUAUGUAUGUGUCUAUAUGCAUAUACAUAUAUGUGACAAAAUCCAUAUUUAAAGAAUAAGGAACUAUUUAUUGGCAUGAUAUUUCUAUUCUUCUCACCAGGCAUUUCCCUUUUGAGGUUUCAUUUUUGAAUGUAGCAAGGCUCUUUUCAGGGAACAAGACUGCAAGAACAUCCUCUUGGUACUGUACUUCCCUCCUCAGCCCCUGACCCGAGGAUCUCCAUACCUGACCCUGCCGAGAUUCCAGAAGAGGCAGUCUGGGGAGUGUUGUGUAAAGCCUUGCACUUAGAACCUUUGCGCUUUGAGACCUCUACCCGUAGAGGAGAAGGACUUUUCAACGGCAUUUUUAUUUAAAAGGAAAAUACCAAAGUAUUGAUGACAGUGGUCCCCUCCAGUGUGCAGCAAGGCAAGUUUUGAUUUUGGCUUCCUUCCACUUCAUUUCCAACACCUUCAUUUUUGGCUGGCAGCUUUCUGUUUUCAUACUCCAAGUUUAAAAACAUGAUGAACCCUAGGAAGAGCUGUGAUGGAGCAGAGACAGAUGCUAGGAAAGGACGGUCCAGGUUUAUUCCUCUGCACUUGUACUGUGUGCUUUGGCAAAGGGCAGCAAGUCCUCACUGGAUGUCCUCAUUGUCUGCGAAGGCGUGGGUGUGUCUGCGAGGGCGUGUCUGCAAGGUCGUGGGUGUGUCACCCACCAAAGCAUGCUUCCAGCCCAGGUCUUCUUGCCCGCAGGACAAAUCCAACCCAGAAGGCAUAACUAUAGAAACAGAACAUUGCCAUUGUUCUUUUCUGGCCUCUUCUGGGCCUGUGAGGACUGAGCACGGGGUCAGUCAGCCGGCCUUGGGUCCACCUAGACAGGUAAGACUAGAAAAGCCAGGUCUGGGAAUCCUGAGAUAUUGUCUUCCAGGAGCCUGUCCCAGCAGUGUGGGCACCCAUUGUGCCAAGCCUGCUUUCCUAGAAAGAGUGAUAGCCUGAGAGAAGGCAGAGGAAAGAGGUCUAAUGUCUGCUGCCCCUCCAGGGAAGCCCAGGCUGAUGACUCCUUCCUAGUGGAAAGCUGACUCUCCUCUAUGCUCCUAGGUCCUGAAUCUGGACACCCACUGUAACGGAGGUGAAAUAGGUAGCAUCCUGCCCUUGAGGUUUCUUCACCUUCUGAACUUAUGGAUGUCACACUUUUCAGGAAGAUGUCUAGAAUAUCACACUACUCUUAAAUAUGCCUGUCACUUGAGCUCAAGGUUUGUCUGCCAGGAGACAGGUGUGAAUUGAGAGAGAGACAGGAGCUGUGUUUGUCCCACUCCCCCCCCCCCCACUCACACACACCACUAAAAGUUUGUCUCAGCUUUCUGGCAUCCACAGAAAGUCAAAUGGAAACUUGCUAUGUUCCCACUGGUCACACCAAUGCCAUGUCACCCCUAAGCAGGAGUAGUCACAUCUCGGGAAAAAGAAUUUUGGUUACCAGAAAACUCCACUUUAAAAUGCCAGCUACAGAUCACAUAAAGCCAUCCCUUUUUUCUAAAGGGCAUAUUGAGAAUGUUUCCCAUUUGUAAAUUGUUCCCUGAUGUCCUUGUUUAAACCACCACAGCAAAAGGGCAACUUGGUUUGCUGAGGGUCUUUGUGUUCUUCAAUAAGUAAUCAAAAUGUGGAGUAUUGUGACUGAAGCAGGUCAGCUGUGUCCAGCUAUGCUCAUGGGCUUCUUGUCAUCCUCUGUUGUAGACAUACACAUAGAGCAAAUGGCCACUAUGUAUUAAAAAGCCAACCCCUGAUGAUGCUGUGUAAAGUUGCCUGAUGUCAGUGUCAAUUGUGUGAUAUCCAGGCUGCCUUUAUGCUGAGCUAUGGGGUUCAGAAAAGGCCCUGGGAACCCGCAUCAUCUGUUCUGAUUCUUGUACAGUCUUCAGGCCGAGAGACCUGUCUCAUCGGAAGCUUCUCUUUAUAAAGCAUUAUACUAUAUGGAAUGGCUUGGUCAACUGUGUUCAGUUCAUAAAUAUGUUUUACAUUUUUAUCUGCCUGUUAAAAAUGAACAAAAUAUCUUAAUGAGGAAGACCACAGAUGCAUAAUAAAUUAAAAUCUGUAGUUGAAUUUCCUAAUUUAAA